ACUUUACAGGUCGAUCUAAAAACCUGUCGACUAAGAGAUGAGCCAUAAGAGAUGACAACUUAUGAGCAUAGGAAUAUACAGUGAAUAAGGAACAUAGAUAAGAAAUAAUGGAUAACUCAACAUCUCAAAAUUAUGACUAAGAGAUAGGAUUUAGGGCCUAAUAAAUAAAUUAGUUAAUAAUCAAGGAACUACAAUUUUAAUUUCAGAAUGAAAAAGGAACGAAUAAUAUUCUAAGACAUACGAACUACUAUAUAAAUACAAAGACAUUAACUGUGAGACCAGUGACGACUGUAGCUCGGACAAAGUGUGCUUGGACUUUAAAUGUGAAGACCCUUGCCUUGGCGUAUGUGGCUUUAACACCGUCUGCCACACAGUCAACAACGUUUAUAUGUGUGCCUGUAAACCAGGUUAUAUAGGCUACCCUUUCAGUGGCUGCUAUCAUGAAGGUCACAUACUUUUAGAAUGUACAAUGAACUCGGAUUGCCCCGAGGAAAUGGAAUGCAAGAACAAACACUGUGGGGAUGUCUGUAAAAACGCUUGUGGACUAAACAGUCAUUGCAAAGGCAUCAGACAUCGUCCAGUCUGCUCUUGCAGUCCAGGACAUGUUUGGGAUCCAUUCUUAGGAUGUCAAAUACAGAAGAUUAAAGAGUGUACAGAACAUUCGGACUGUCUCUCAAAUCGCACUUGCAGCAAUUACGUGUGUGUGGACCCUUGUGACAGUGUCUGCGGUAACAACACAAUCUGCACUGUCGAGAAUCAUACGAUAGCUUGUGCUUGCACACCAGAAUUCAUCGGCAACCCUUUUCAGAACUGUGUAAGUCAAGGUACCAUAGAAUUACAGAAGAAGUACUAUAUUGGAAAAGAAGAGGUGACAUGGACUACUGCUAUUGAACGAUGCCGCAGUAUGGACAUGUAUUUUGCUUCCAUUACAAGCCCGUCAGAACAGGAAGAUAUAAAGAAUGCAGGCAAACAAUCAGGAAUAGCAGGGUUAGUGUGGGUAUCUGGAUCUGACCUGGGCUCAGCAGGUGAGUAUGUGUGGAACUCUACAGGGAAAGGUUUUACGUAUACCAACUGGAAAUAUGGAGAGCCAGAGGUCUCGGAUGAUUAUCGAUGCGUAGCGCUCGAUACCUUUGAUUACAAAUGGCAAACGAGAGGAUGCAACUUUAAACGCUACUAUGCCUGUGAAUAUUUUAGAAGUUAAACCAUCAGAAAGCCACACUAAAUAUUCUAUUUAACAUAUGAUACAAAAAAUCCAAUGUUAUAUCAAAGAAUGUUUUACAAAGUAGGGUAUUCUUGUAUAAGCCUUCUUAAUAUAUUAUACAUUGUGUAAUAAAUAAACGGUUAUUCUUAAACCGUUAUUGUUCUGAC